CUAAGUUGGAUGUAGAUUAAAAAAAAAAAAAGAUGUCGGGCCAUCCAAGGUUCAGGGAGGAGGAAUCAAAUGGAUCCCAUCUCUGACGGGACGAGCUGCAUGUGUUGACCAGGAGGUGGGUAAUGCGGCUAUUUCUGGAGACCGCCAGCCAUAGGAGUCAAAUGAAAAUUAUUCAACUUUGAAUUUGUGAUGAAGUCUUAUCACCUGAGAUCCUUGAGGAAGGGAACUUUAAUUUUUACAGCUAAAAAAAAAUACACCAGAUUAAAAUUCUGACAUAACGGAUGGAAAGGGCCAUCCGUAAUGCCAAGGCUUUGCUACCAUUUUUACCAGGUAUGUUAUCUGCAGACAAUUUUUAUUUUACUUUUCAGUUACUGAAAAACUAUUACAAGUGGAGGGCAGAAUGUCCAGAAAUAAGUGCAGAUCUACACCCUAGAAGUAUCCUUGGUCUUCUGAAGGCCGGUUACCUUGGAGUCCUGAGAGCCAGAGACCCCACUGGCAGCAAAGUUCUUAUUUACAGAAUCGCACAAUGGGACCCAAAAGUUUUCACAGCUUAUGACGUUUUUCGUGUAAGUCUAAUCACAUCCGAGCUUAUUGUACAGGAGGUAGAAACGCAACGGCAUGGUAUCAAGGCUGUCUUUGAUCUAGAAGGCUGGCAGUUUUCUCAUGCUUUUCAAAUUACCCCAUCUGUAGCCAAGAAGAUUGCUGCUGUUCUUACAGAUUCCUUUCCAUUAAAAGUUCGAGGUAUCCAUUUGAUAAAUGAGCCAAUAAUCUUCCAUGCUGUCUUUUCCAUGAUUAAACCAUUCCUGACUGAGAAAAUUAAGGAACGGAUUCAUAUGCAUGGGAACAAUUACAAACAAAGCUUACUUCAGCAUUUCCCAGACAUUCUUCCUCUGGAAUAUGGUGGUACAGAAUUCUCCAUGGAGGACAUUUGUCAGGAGUGGACAAAUUUUAUAAUGAAGUCUGAAAAUUAUCUCAGCAGCAUUUCACAGAUCAGUCAAUGAGAAGAAGUUAUUUAAUGUGAAUGACUUCUUAAUUAAAAAUACAUGAGUGAGAUCCUACCUGGUUACAUGAAUGAAAGAAAAAGAACCUUUUUAAACUAAUUAAUGCUUUCUCUCUGAUUGAUCUAAAAUGUAAAACUCUUCUGACAUGAGCAACAUGGGUAUUUGGAAAACUGCUUUUUAAAUGCAUUUUGUUUAUCUUUCAGGUAGUUAAAUGUUAGUACAUCUUGAAAGCAUAGAAGAGAUUCCUGGUUUUUGUAUUUGAAAGUUAUCUCUAAAAGUGGCUGUCAUGUUCACCUUUGUAUGUUUCUGAACAGUUUCAUUUUAAACAAGUUAUUUGACUACAUUGGUUUCAUAAUAAAUAUACAAGUGGUCCAUGAAAAAGAAGUAUUGGUACGAAUCAACUGAUGAUAAAAAUCUAUCAACACUCAUCUUGGAUGGGUGUAAGAUUCAAUUAUAAUUCAGAUUAAAAUCUGAAUAUAGUUUUACAGAGUUAUUUCCACGGGCCAGCAAGACAGUUCAUCUCAGGGAAGUUCUAUUUCAGCAUAUUUGCACAAUAGAAACUUUUGAUUGAAGAGUCUAGAUGCUAUAAACUAUUGUAUGUAGCAUCUAAAGGUCUCUAUGAAAUUACUCAUGUUGAUACAAUUGAAAAUCAAAAAUAAUUCAGGAAAUAUUUAAGGCAUAGCUGAUGGCUUCUUAAUAACUAUUUAUGCAUUUUCAAACAAAGCAAGAAUGUAAUUUUGACUUCGGUUUUUAGUUAUCUUACUAAGAUUACAUAUGAUAUUAGAAAUGGAAUAAUAUUUAGUAGUCAUUCAUGGACUCUACUUUUAAUUGAACAACAACACAACUACACAAAGGAAAAGAAAUGUUUACAUUUUAAAAAUCACUGUCAGUUACACCUGGAACUUUUCAGAUUAUGAAAUAAUUUAACUUUUACUAUAUAUCAGAGUAUUCUUGCCAAAUUCUAUAAUUCAUAUUUACUUAAAAAACAGUAGUUAAAAGUGUGCUAUUUAUAUUAUAGCUUAUAUCAUAGAAUGUUUAUUAAGAUACAAUGUCAAUAUAGCUUUCAAUUUAUGUCACUUUAAUAGUGUUUCAUAAAUUUAAAAUUUUUAAGUUUGAAAAGAAAAAAAACACAGGGUGCAAAUUUGUUAGACAUUGUUCAGCUUAGCUGGGUUUCAACAUUCAUUAUACUAUAGUAUCUUUGUGAAAGGAUACAUGAAGGGUAUUUUUCUUUACAAGAAAAUAUUCUAAUCAGGUGAGCUGAAAAUUGUGAUUCUCUGUACAUAUGUCUAUGAAAAAAUUGAGAGCAACUGUGAAUGUUCUUUAGAGAACAAAUAUUGACUUAGCAUUGGGAAGCUAACCUUACAUUACACGUUUUAUUAAAACACUAGAUCAUGCCUGUUUUCUAAAAAGAUUAUAGUCUUCUUAAAAAAUCAUAUAGUUCACAAAACUGUAUAAUUAAAAAUAAUAGCAGAAUAAAAUCAUUGAAAAACAAUAACAACAACAAAAAGCUCUGGUUUACCCAACUUUUAUUUUUCUGUAAAGGAGGUUUAUAUCCGAGUUGCACUUCAUUUACGUUUGAGUACUUAAAACACUUACUCAUGACUCUGUGAAGGAAUGAUUACUUUAGCAUGUGAAUAAAGGAUAAUAUUUAAAAAUGUUAAA